AUGGCCUGGGAACUGCCCAGCACCGCCAGCCUGGUGCGCUUCUGCCAGAAGCUGAACCGGCUGAAGUCACUGGAGGAGCCCACCAAAGAGACGCCACUGCAGCGCCACCUGACCACACUGGACCUGAUCCUGCUGGGUGUGGGUGGCAUGGUGGGCUCAGGCUUCUAUGUGCUUACGGGCUCUGUGGCCAAGGAGAUGGCUGGCCCUGCGGUGCUCGUGUCCUUCAGCAUUGCUGCUGUGGCCUCCCUGCUGGCAGCCCUAUGCAAUGCGGAGUUUGGGGCCUGGAUGCCCCACGCGGGCUCUGCCUACGUAUUCACCUAUGUGUCCAUGGGAGAGCUGUGUGCCUUCCUCAUUGGCUGGAACAUACUCCUCCAGUAUCUAAUUAGUGGCGCUGCUGUGACCUGUGCCUGGAGCAGCUACUUGGACGCCAUCUUCAGCCACAGAAUCCACAGCUUCACCAUGGCCCAUGUGGGUAUCUGGCAGGUGCCCUUCCUGGCACAGUACCCAGACUUCUUGGCUGCUGGCAUGGUACUUUUGGCCUCUGCAUUUGUAUCCUGUGGAGCUCGUGUCCCUUCCUGGCUCAACCACAUGCUGCUUCUCAUCAACCUGCUCGUCAUCCUCUUCAUCAUCAUCCUGGGGUUUGUCCUAGCCCGCCCGCACAACUGGAGUGCUGAUGAGGGUGGCUUUGCACCCUUCGGCUUCUCUGGUGUCAUGGCCGGUGCCGCCACCUGCUGCUAUGCCUUCAUGGGCUUUGAAGACAUUGCUGCCUCCAGCGAGGAGGCCCAGAACCCAAAGCGAGCUGUGCCUAUGGCCAUCACCAUCUCCCUUGGCCUGGUGGCUGGUGCCUACAUCCUUGCCUCCACUGUGCUCACCCUCAUGGUGCCCUGGCACAGCCUGGACCCUGGCUCGGCGCUCACUGAUGCCUUCUUCCAGCGGGGCUACAGCUGGGCAGGCUUCAUUGUGACAGCUGGCGCUAUCUCUGCCAUGAACACCAUCCUGCUCAGUGACAUCUUUUCCCUGCCACGCCUCGUACACGUCAUGGCCACCGAUGGGCUCUUCUUCCAGGUGUUUGCCCAUGUGCAUCCCCAGACGCAGGUCCCUGUAGUGGGCAUCUUGGUAUUUGGGGUCCUCAUGGCUUUCCUGGCGCUGCUGCUGGACCUCCAGGGACUGUUCCAGUUGUUGUCCAUCAGUGUAUUGCUAGCCUACACCUUCCAGGCCACAGGCAUUAUUGUGCUACGCUUCCACAAGUCCCCUCCAGCCAAUUCCCUGGACCCAGGCAGUCCUGUGGGCACAGAGCAGGCCUCAGCCCCUGAGCCCGGGCAGCUGCGACCAGCCCUGAGACCCUACCUUGAAUGCCUGGGUGGGUGCAGACCUGGAGCUGCAGUGGCUUGGGCACUGAGUGUCCUGUUGGCCUCGGCCAUCACUCUGGACUGCGUGCUGGUCUUUGGGAAGUCGGCCCUGCACCUCCCACCCUGGGGCCACACCCUGCUGCUCCUGCUCAGUUCCGUCGUGUUUCUGCUCAGUCUCCUCGUCCUGGGGGCCCACCAGCAACAGCACCGAGAGGACACCUUUCAGGUUCCCAUGGUGCCCUUGACUCCAGCCCUGAGCAUCCUCCUCAACGUCUUCCUCAUGCUGCAGCUGAGCUCCCUGACCUGGCUGUGCUUGUGCAUCUGGCUGCUGAUUGGACUCGUGGUGUAUUUUGGCUAUGGCAUCUGGCACAGCAAGGAGAACCGGCAGGAGCAGCCAGGGUUGACUGCCACACGCGGAAGCCUGGAGGAGACAGUGCAGACCCUGCAGCCCCUCAGCCAGGCACCGGCCCAGGACCCUGGCAACACAGAGCAGCCCACCAGUUCAUGA